UGGUUCUCACAUGAUUUUUAUUGUUACAUCUCCACCUUAUCUGUCUUACCUGUCUCAUUGUUUCCCCUUCAGUGCAUGCCUCCUCAUGUGAUAACCAUCAAGUUUAACCGGAUUAUUUUCCACACACAGACCGAUUAGGUCUGAAAUGGGGUCGCGGAAGGUAAUUGCCGCACUUUUGCCGCUGUUUCUUUUGACGAUCGGCGUCUGCGAAGGACAAUAUGAACCCAACUGGGAAUCAAUCGACUCCAGACCACUGCCCGAGUGGUACGAUCAGGCCAAGUUUGGCAUCUUCAUACACUGGGGGGUGUUUUCCGUCCCGAGCUUUGGCAGCGAGUGGUUCUGGUAUUACUGGCAGAAGCUCAAACUGAAGCCUUAUGUUGACUUCAUGCAGAAGAAUUAUCCUCCAGGUUUCCAUUAUGAAGACUUUGCACCGCAGUUCACCGCUGAGUUCUUCGAUGCCAAGGAGUGGACUGAAAUCUUUGCCUCAUCGGGAGCAAAAUACAUCGUCCUGACCACGAAACACCAUGAAGGCUUCACUCUCUGGGGCUCGAAAAACUCCUGGAACUGGAACGCAGUGGACAUCGGACCCAAGCGAGACUUGGUGGACGAGAUGGCGAGCGCCCUGCGGGCGAACAGCGACCUUCACCUGGGCCUGUACCACUCUCUCUUUGAGUGGUUUAACCCACUCUUUCAAACUGACGCUGCAAACGCUUUCAAGACAAAUUACUUCCCCACCGCCAAGACCCUGCCCGAGCUUUACGAGCUCGUCGUUAAGUACAAGCCGGAGGUGCUGUGGUCCGACGGGGACGGGGACGCACCGGACACCUACUGGAACAGCACGGCCUUCUUGGCCUGGCUCUAUAAUGACAGUCCGGUUCGAGACACGGUGGUGACGAACGACCGCUGGGGUUUGAACAGCAUCUGCAAACACGGCGGUUAUUACACCUGCUCCGACCGCUACCAGCCGGGACACCUGCUCAAACACAAGUGGGAAAACUGCAUGACCAUUGACAAAAACUCCUGGGCCUACCGACGCAACGCGCCUCUCAGCGACUACCUGACCAUCGACACGCUCGUGGCGACUCUGGUGGAGACGGUGUCCUGUGGAGGAAACCUGCUGAUGAACAUCGGCCCGACACAUGACGGGCGGAUCGUGCCGAUCUUCGAGGAGCGUCUGAGGCAGAUGGGUCAGUGGCUGCGGGUCAACGGGGACGCCAUCUACAACACGACGGCGUGGCGAGCCCAGAACGACAGCGCAACACCUAGAGUGUGGUACACGUUCAAGCCUCAGGAAAAGUCCGUCUUUGCCAUUUUACUUGAGUGGCCGAGUAAUGGGGCAGUAAUACUCCAUGAACCGAUGACAGAAGGACUGACUCAGGUGGAGCUUCUUGGUCACGGGCCUCUGAAGUGGGAUCCUGUGGAGCCCGUGGGGCUGCGGGUCCUCCUGCCCCUGCUGUCCGUCGGCCAGAUGCCGUGCCAGUGGGCCUGGACGCUGAGGCUGACAGGUGCCACUUGAAGGAAAGCCGCCGCCUUUUAAGAACAGACGACAGGGCGGCCAUCAGAGCCGCCAACGGAUGUUUGAAUCAUGAACAACACAGCUCGAGUCUGUACGAAAAGUCCAAGGACACAGUCGAUAACUUGCACUAUGAUUGCACAAAGUAAUCUUUAAAAAUAUGUGUGCAGCGAACCAUAUAAAUAUAUAUAAAAAAAACAUGAUUACUGUUUUUUGUACGAAGCAGCUUUAUUGGUGAAGGAUUUAUGUUGGAGCUCAGGUGAGAGGAGACGCUGUGGAGACCUUGCUGUAGGGGAUGUGACAUUUGAGACCUCUGUGGUUGAUUUAUUCAGAAUGAAAUUGCAGAUUUUUGCACUUCUAUACUUUCAAGGAUAUUUGAUUUGCCUCAGUGUUCAAACAAGAGUUUAUAUUUUACUUGCGAUUGUCCCUGCCGGAGGAAAACCAGAUUAAAUCUUGACUUUGAGUCCAGUCUUCGAUGCAGGUUUCAGUGAUUUGCUGAAAGGAUUUUGUUAAAUGUUUGUGCAUCUUUGUACAUUUCGGCAGCUUUUAAGGAACUAUGAAGGGAAGAAAAGAAGUUUUCUGAGCACAUUGGCCUCAUCAGGUCCGGUGAAAUGGUUAGCAGAGUAAAGUGAUGCAAAGAGGAAAUAAAUGCCGCAGAGCUUUGUCAGGCAUGCUGAUUGGUGGGGCGAUCUGGGUAUUUGCCUGAUUUUUAAUCCUUUUAAUGUCACCUGACAACUGAACUGUCACCUCUUUGUGGUCGGGUUUUAGUUCAUAUUGUGUCUCUUGCUUUUGCUUUUCUGCUCAGGAUGAAUUUUCUUUUUCUUCACAACGACAGUGCAUUUUUUCUGGCCUUUUUUACAGGAAUAAAAUGUUGAACAAUAAAU